AUGAGUAAACUUAAAACUACACCACCACUUGUUAGCCUUCGUACAGUAAACACUGCUCAAGAAGUUGAAAUACGCCUUCACGAGCCCCUAAUUCAAAAACAAGGGUCUCGUAAGAAACGAAUAGGGCUACAAAUACUGAAUGCGUUGGCAAGAUUGGAAGUAUUACUGAAUAAAGAGGAGGCACUUGCCAUUUCAGAAGAUGCAGUGCAGCAUUUGACGCAGCAACAAUAUAACAAGAUGGAAAUUGAAGCUGCAUUGAAUGCUCUGGAGACUUCUCUAUUACAGCUCGAAGAGGAUGGGAUACCAAAAAAAGACACUCAGACUUACCUGUCAGAAUUAGGUCUUACAGUACUUUUUCCAAAAUCAGCAAAGCGAUUAGUUGUCAAUAACAUUCCUUCUGGAAAGGUUGAUGCACUAGCACAUUUUAACGAGAUGAACGUGCUCAACCAAUUGGCUUCUAUUUCACUUCAACUCCAACAAGAUAUAAAACUUCAGAAUCACAAAUAUAUGGCGCAUCAACUUGCACUCCUCUACCAAUGUCUCAAUCAGGCUGGAGGACAUUUUCUUAAAUACAAAUCUCGUGUUGAAUUACAUUUUGACAGUAUAAAAGCUCUGACCAGCAAUUCAGAAGUACCAAAACUUAAUGCAGAACAAAAAGAAUGGUUGUCCCAGGUGACUGCUGAUAUCGUUACGGAAGCAUUAUUUAGUGGCCGACCUGUGACACCAAUGUCACAGCCCUUGGCAACAUAUCUGAACGAGAUUAGCGAAGCGCCAUCAAAAAACUGA